AUGGCAACAGGAUGGUGUUGUAAAAAUUGUAUGAAGGAUAUGACAUCGUGCUUGUGACAGAUACCACGUGAUUGAUGUAUGGAGAGGAGGAAUACACCGCGUACACAGUCGCUGGGCAGUGAUGGUGAUAUUUCCAUUAGCAACACAAAUAGAUACCGCUUCACGCCAUAGUUACAGUUGAAGAUAUCGCUGUUUUCGACAAACACUGUGGUUACCACGGGUGAACAGUAUAAAAGGGUUGUACAUCCCAGAUAAAUAAGAUAACGUCGGAUAUUCCAUCUUGCUAGAGGGACAGUGCUACAAGCUGUUUAAGAUGGGCACCAAUCCUAGGCGUUUAAAGAUGGUCACGUUGACAGUUUUUGUUUUCUUGUGUGCGUUGUCUAUGUCAAUUUCGAGUGCACAGAGUACAUUCUCUUCUCCAGCGACCGCCCAAACCAUCCCUGUCGCUACCACUUUGAAUUCAUCAACUUCUCCGGGGCCUACAGCUGCCAACACAACUUUACCAGCGAUGACGGCGACCACUGUAUCCUUGCCGCAAUUGCCGACGUCUUCUUCUUCAGCGGAACAAUCGACAAAUACGCCACAGGACAAGUCUACGGCAGGAGGAUCACCUACAGCACUGCUCUUGACUACCGUACAAGAUGAAAGUACAACACAGAACUCAACUACAUCACAGAGUGAAACUACAACAUGGGGCUCACCUACCGCACAAGAUGAAAGUACAACACUGGACUCAACUACAACACAACCGACUGAAACUACAACAUGGGACUCAUCUACAGUACUAGAUGAAAGUACCGUGGCACAGGACUCAAGUACAACACAGGACUCAACUACAACACAGGACUCAACUACAGCAGAAGAUGAGAGUACCUCAACUACAACACAAAGUAAAACCACAACAUGGGACUCAACUACAACACGGAGCGAGACUACAACAUCGGUCCCAACUAUAACAAAGAGUGAGGCUGCAACAUGGGAGUCAACUACGGCACGGCAUGAUGAAGCUACAACACAGGACUCAAUUACAGCUCAUGAAUCAACUGCAACGCCGGCUGGUACUACAGCAAGGGACUCAACUACAGCAUCAAGUGGAACUACAACAUGGGGUCCAACUACAACACUGGCUGAAAGAACAUCACAGGGGGCAGCUACAGCACAGGCGGAAACCACUCCACAUGGCGAAACUACACAACGGAAAUCAACUACACCGAGUACCGAGACCGACACAGUCACAGUUCCACCUGGUACUGCGAGUACCACGGGUUACAGUAGUCCCUCUGUGCCAGGGUUGCAGACCUGGGAGAUCGCUCUUAUCGCUGUGAGCGCAAGUCUGGGUGGGAUACUCAUCAUUGCAGGCUCGGCGUUUGGUAUCUACAAAGCACUUGGAAAACGUAAAAGCGCCCGUGUCAGUUUCGAACAUGAGAUGGAAUCGCAAGAAGAUCAGCAGCGGAGGGCCAGCUCUGGACAGCAGCUAUCCUCGCCAGCUUCAAAUUACUGAACUGUCUGCAGUUCGCCCUGAAAGACAAGACAAAUUGAACAAAUAGUAAGAUCAGAUUUGUCAAGGACAUGAUAUACCAGUGAGAGUAAAUAGUUUGUAAAUUUGACAAUUGGAUUGUUACUAUUAUAUAUAAAGUUAUUCAGCAUUGUUAAGUUGUCAGGAAUUAUGACAUCUUAUCUAUGUUUUGAUUGACAGGCCAGUAGGACGCUCGGACUAAUCCAUGCGUACACAUACAUGUUUAUCAAACAACAUAUCAAUCACAUCAGGUUUUUAAUGAGAGUCUUAAUUACGAUCAUUAAUGAUACUUUGAGUGUGCAUUGAUUGAAUCACAUCCAUUAAGUAGGAUUAGAUGAAGAAGCCAAUAUGAACGGAAAUGACUCAUUUGUAAAACCUGGAAUUUGCAAUGAUAAGGGCUGAGAUAGUA